AAACAUGAAUUAGGUGACCUAAACGGCCAUACCAAUCAGACCAUGUUGUUUUGUUGACAUUUACAACAACCAUCUUUGACAUGUAAAAGAAAGCACCAAAUUCCAGCAGAAUGGCAAUGUUUAUGCUGCAGAGAGACAAAACUACAAACCAAUUUUUCUAGAUAAUCUAUAUUGCCAUGGAAGAUGUUGAUCCAACCUUCAUUCAAGAUCCUGAAUUCAGGCCAAAACUUGAACUCAUCAAUGAAGCAGAAGGAAUCCCAGUUAUCAAUCUAUCCGAUGACACCAACCAACUUGUGUUAGAGAUUGGAGAUGCUGCCAAGAUCUGGGGUUUCUUUCAAGUCAUCAAUCAUGGGGUGCCACUUGAUUUGCGUCAGAGGAUGGAGAAGUUGUCCAAAGAAUUCUUCCACCAGUCUUUGGGAGAGAAGAGGAAGGUAGCGCGAGACGAUUCAAAUCCGGUGGGUUACCAUGACAGUGAGCAUACUAAGAAUGUUAGGGACUGGAAGGAGAUCUUUGAUUUCUUCGUUGAUGAUCAAACUCUGGUCCCAGCCUCUCCUGAACCUGAUGAUCAGGAGAUAAGGAUCUUGACUAAUCAGUGGCCAGAAUCCCCUCAUGGUUUCAGGGAGGUCUGCCAAGAGUAUGCUAAAGAAGUAGAGAAACUGGGGCACAAGGUGAUGGAGCUCAUAUGUUUGAGCUUGGGGUUGCCCGCGGACCGUUGCCGUGGCUACUUCAAAGACCAAACCAGCAUUUUCAGGCUGAAUUACUAUCCUCCAUGCCCUGUUCCACACCUAGCUCUUGGUGCUGGUCCUCACAAGGAUGCGAGUGUCUUCACAGUGCUCACUCCAGAUGACACUGUGGGAGGACUAGAAGUUCAGCGUAAAUCCGACGGGGAAUGGGUUCGAGUCCAACCAAUCCCAGAUGCUUUUAUCAUCAAUCUUGGUGAUAUUUUUCAGGUUUGGAGCAAUGAUGCAUAUGAGAGUGUAAUGCAUAGGGUGGUGGUGAACUCUGUUAAGGAGAGGAUUUCAAUGCCAUUCUUCUUCUUCCCUUCCCACUAUGUCUCAGUGAAGCCAUUGGAUGAGCUAGUGAAUGAACUUAACCCUGCCAAGUAUGAGGGUCACAAUUGGGGGAAGUUUUUUGCCUCCAGAAACCUCAGUAACUACAAGAAGCUCCCCAAGGAAAAUCUCCUAAUCCAUCAUUACAAAGCAUCAGAGUAACCCAGUUCGCAUUACUGUGAUUAAAAAAAAUGCAUAGCUCUUGCCUUGCUUUUGAGAAACUGACGUUUGCUACAUAAUCAGACUUGUGCACAAAUAACUUGUGUAUAUUCUUUUGUGCGUGUGGACAUGAUGGCCCGAAUUUAGGCUUAUAUCGCACUGUGCUUUGGCACAAUUUAUCAUGUGGUAGGCUAAAAUUUAGGUUCAUAUCGAAUAUGUAAACGCAAAAGUUUCAUGAUAAAGAAGAUCCAACUAUCUAAUGAUUA